AUGGCACGCAGAGUUGUUUUGUCUGUCCUCCCUUUUCUCCUACUCUUGUUAAUUAAUGACUAUGGAAGUUUUGCAAGAGAUAUGAACCAAGUUGAUCAACCUUAUCUCGAUGGAUGGUUGAAAGAUAUCCGAGUUGAGAAAGAAGAAUCCAAUCCUGACUCCAAUCAAGUUUACCUUGACGGAUGGUUGAAAGAUACUCGAGUCGAAGAAGUCAGAGUUAACCCUGAUUCCAACCAAGUAUACCUUGAUGGAUGGUUGAAAGAUACUCGAACCGAGAAAGACAAAUCCAACCUCGACUCCAACCAAGUUUACCUUGAUGGAUGGUUGAAAAAUACUCGAACUGAGAAAGUAAAAUCCUCCCCUGACUCCAACCAAGUUUACCUUGAUGGAUGGUUGAAAGAUAUCCGAGAUGAGAAAACAAAAUCCACCCCUAACUCCAACCAAGUUUACGUUGAUGGAUGGUUGAAAGAUAUCCGAGUUGAGAAAGCAAAAGUGAAUUCUGACUCCAACCAAGUUUACCUUGAUGGAUGGUUGAAAGAUACCCGAGCUGAGAAAGUAAAAGUCAACCUUGACUCCAAACAAGUUUAUCUUGAUGGAUGGUUGAAAGAUACCCGAACCGAAAAAGAAAAUUCCAACCCUGACUCUAACCAAGUUUACCUAGAUGGAUGGUUGAAAGAUACAGGAGCAGGUAAGGAAACUUCCUCCCCUAACUCUAACCGUGUUUACCUUGAUGGCUGGUUGAAAGAUAACCAUAUUGAGAAUGAAAAAUCCAUCACGAAUUCCAAGCAAGCUUACCUUGAUGGUUGGUUGAAAGACUCACAUGCAGAGAACCACAUUAAAAUUGGACAAGAUUUGGUGGUGUCAAACGAAAAACCAUCUUCGAAAGUUGACCAUACCGAAGCAUUCAAGGUAGCUUUUUUCGGUAUAGAAGAUCUUUAUGUAGGGAAUGUAAUGACCUUGCAAUUUCCUAUCAGAGAAUAUGCUAAGUUCUUGCCAAGAAAAGUUGCGGAUGACAUUCCUUUUUCCAAAUCACAAAUUCCAAGCCUUCUACAACUAUUCUCACUCACAAAAGAUUCUCCUAAAGGUGAAGAUAUGAUAGACAUAAUUAAUCAAUGUGAGUUUAGACCCAACAAAGGGGAGACCAAGGCUUGUCCUACUUCUUUAGAGUCCAUGCUUGAAUUUGUUCAUAGUGUUAUUGGUGCCGAGACUAAUUAUAACAUUCACUCGACUAGCUAUCCCACGACAUCAGGUGCACAAUUGCAAAACUACACUGUUUUGGAUAUCUCAAAGGAUAUCUAUGCUCCUAAAUGGGUAGCAUGUCACCCUAGGCCUUACCCAUACGCUCUUUACUAUUGUCACUACCUAGACAUAGGAAGUAAGAUCUUCAAAGUUCUUCUAAAGGGUGAAUAUGGAGACAUAAUGGAUGCUUUGGGAAUUUGCCACCUAGACACAUCUGACAUGGAUCCUAAUCAUUUUAUAUUUGAACUACUUGGAAUGAAGCCUGGGGAAGGUCCAUUGUGCCAUUUCUUCCCUGUUAAGCAUGUCUUAUGGGUGCCAAGUCCACCACAUGCCACCAAAUGA